AUGGAGCGGGGGCCGGUGGUGGGGGCAGGGCCGGGGACCAGGGCCCGAAUCCGGGCAGUGCUGGGCUGCCUGGUCCAGGUGCUGCUCUGGGUGGCCUCUGCUUUGCUGUACUUUGGAAGUGAACAAGCUGCUCGCCUCCUGGGCAGCCCCUGCUUGCGGCGCCUCUACCACGCCUGGUUGGCAGCAGUGGUCAUCUUUGGGCCCCUUCUGCAGUUCCAUGUCAACCCUCGGACUAUCUUCGCCAGCCACGGCAACUUCUUCAACAUAAAGUUUGUGAAUUCAGCCUGGGGCUGGACAUGCACCUUCCUGGGGGGCUUCGUGUUGCUGGUGGUGUUCCUGGCUACAAGGCGUGUGACAGUGACUGCCCGGCACCUGAGCCGGCUGGUGGUGGGGGCAGCUGUGUGGCGGGGGGCCGGCAGGGCCUUCCUGCUCAUUGAGGACCUGACAGGCUCCUGCUUCGAGCCUCUGCCCCAGGGCCUGCUGCUCCAUGAGCUGCCUGACCGGCGCAGCUGCCUGGCGGCCGGCCACCAGUGGCGGGGCUACACGGUCUCCUCCCACACCUUCCUGCUCACCUUCUGCUGCCUGCUCAUGGCCGAGGAAGCAGCCGUGUUCGCCAAGUACCUGGCCCACGGGCUGCCAGCCGGCGCACCCCUGCGCCUGGUCUUCCUGCUCAACGUGCUGCUGCUGGGCCUCUGGAACUUCUUGCUGCUCUGUACUGUCAUCUACUUCCACCAGUACACUCACAAGGUGGUGGGUGCCGCCGUGGGCACCUUUGCCUGGUACCUCACCUACGGCAGCUGGUAUCAUCAGCCCUGGUCUCCAGGGAGCCCGGGCCACGGGCUCUUCCCUCGCCCCCACCCCAGCCGCAAGCACAACUGAAAGAAAUAAAAGCACAUCA